AUGAUAUAUAGAGGGAGGAAUAGAUCAUCAAGAAACAAUAUAAAGGGCCCAAAUUCUGCCUUAACACAAUUCUUACAGGAAGAAGGAAUCAGCGCUGAAACAAUCAGGAAAAGAUGGUUAAAACAACAAGAAGAUAAGGAGAAAGAAGAUGUGAAUAAGGAAGUUGAUACAAAGGGGGAGAAUUCACAAACAGAAUCAGAUGAAAACCCAAAUCCAGUGUCACUAAAUGUCAGCGAUGAGGAAGAUGUAAACGAAAGUACACCCAGUUCAAUAAUGGAUAGGGUGCUACAAGUUGCACAAGAUAGUGAUGAAGAAGAAUAUGAAAGUCUUGAACUAACUCCAGUGCCCUUAGAAGUAUCUGGGAAAAAAGAAAAUGAGGUAAGUAAGAGAAAAAGGACAACGGAAGUAUUAAAGACAAGACAGAGGAAGAAAAAAAGGGCGGCUAAGUUAUUAGAUAGGAGCACUACAAAUAUUAUGUCUUUGCAAAAUUUGUGCAUUAUGAAAAUUAGUGAUAAUAUUAAAGAAUGGCAGAGGGGAAGUGAUAGUUCCAGUUCAACACUUCCAUUUUCACGUCUAAGAGAAGUAUUCGGUGGUAUUUCCAACGAUAACUUGGUAAGAUUAGCUAAGGCACUUUCAAAAAAUAGAGCACUUGAUGACCAAACACUUCAGUUAUUCUUAAAGACGGACAUUAAAGAUAUCACUUUCCAUGACUGUUCCAAGAUUUCAUUCGAAGGUUAUAAAACCUUGGCAAUCUUUUCUCCACAUUUGACAAAGUUGUCACUACAAAUGUGUGGUCAAUUAAAUAAUGAAGCUCUAUUGUAUAUUGCUGAGAAAUUGCCUGCCCUUACUUCACUUUCAGUGGAUGGUCCGUUUCUAAUUAAUGAAGCCACAUGGGAUGCCUUUUUUAUAUGUAUGAAAGGCCGUCUCCGAGAAUUUCAUAUAUCUAAUACUCAUCGAUUUUCAGAUGCUUCCCUUAGUAGUUUGCUGAGGAAUUGUGGUUCUUCGUUAAACUCUUUGGGCUUGUCAAGAAUGGACUCAGUUUCAAAUUACAGUUUAAUUCCACAGUAUCUGACAAAUUCCCAAUUCAAUACUCUAUCUAUACAAUAUCCUUUCAAUGAAGAAGAUGUGACAGAUGAAGUGGUAAUAAAUAUCCUAGGACAAGUUGGUAAAUCGCUUACAUCUUUGGUUUUGGACGGGUGUUUGGAAUUAACAGAUUCUGUGAUUAUCAAUGGGAUGUGUGCAUUUCUCUCGGGUGACAAUGAUGUCUCAGGCUUAAAGAAACUAAGUUUAGAAGAUUUAGAGGAAAUCACAGACGAUUCAUUAGUCUACCUUUUCAGCAAAAUUUCUUUCCCUAAUUUAGAAAGAUGUAGUCUGAAGAGGUGUCUUCAACUUAGCGAUAUGGCUGUUAUUGAAUUACUUUUAAAUAGCGCUAACAAGUCCUUGAAAUCCUUGAACCUGAACUCCCUAAAGAAUUUAACAAAAGAAGCAUUUCUAUCUUUAAGCUGUCCAAACUUAGAAUAUCUGGAUAUUAGUUUCGUUAGAUGCAUAAAUGAUAAAAUAAUUGAAACUAUUGGGAAACAGAACUUAAAUUUGAAGCUAGUAGAUGUAUUUGGUGACAAUUUAAUUACCGAGAAAGCAGAGGUUAUAAAUAACUUGACAUUAGUUGGUAGACAGUGUGAUAGUAUAUAA